GCUCUGCUCGUCUUCUUUGGCAAACAUGAAGUCGUCUCUGUUGUCUGUAGGGACGGCUGCAUUUUCCCUCGCCUUCUUCUCUCAGUGUGUGAGCGGAAAGGACUGUGUGUGUAAACUGAACAACCUGCAGCGUCCUUUUCCAAUGGAGAGACUCGACUCCAUUCGCACUGGGGCUUUCCAGUGCAACAAGAGCAUCACUUCAACGCAGUUAAUGGAGGUGGAUAUACUGAUGCUGGGUGUGCAGCGGCGGCUGGAGCAGCUGGAAGAGAGCGUGUCCGCGCUGGAGAAUGAGGACGAUGGUGAUCUUUAUGGAGCCGUUUCGCUGCAUAUCAUCGAGCUCGAGCUCGCAGAGAUCAGCGUGCUCAUGGCUAAACUGAACAAUACCAUCAGCUCCCACAAGCAGCUCAGUGAGAGCACGGCCACCAAGCUGCAAAACAUGACCGAGGGCAUGCAGGAGCUUGAGGCCUUCGAUCUUUUGCACGUGGCGAGCAAACAGCGAGAAAAUAAGCGCCUGACGAAAGACUUGACCAAGUGUCAACAUGACCUUCAGGCCACUCCUGAGCCUCCCACUCCUCAAACACGCUGUCCACAAGGUCCAUUGGUCAAUGUGACCGGGCCUAGAACUUACUCCCUCACCCAGUACGGAACUUCAUACUAUUACGGCGCCUGGGGGAGAGACCCGAAACCUGUUCCAGGAAAGGAGGACAUGUACUGGCUGGUGGCUCUGACCAGCAGCGACAUUUAUGCCAACUAUGUGCGACAUUACAGCAGUUUAAGCACAAUACUAGUAGGCGUGGGUCCUGUGGACUCCACCAUCGCUUCCUCAAACCCCACCACAAACACCAUCAUGGGCCCUAACGUGGUGCAGUAUGGAGGCGCGCUAUACUACGGCUGCUAUAAUACACCCUCUGUGUGUCGCUUUAACAUCUCUGAGCGCUCCGUCACCAAUACACCACUUCCUAAAAACACUGGCAUCAAUAACAAAUUUCCUUUUGGCCACUUAGAUGGGACGUACAGCUACACAGACUUGGAUUUCUCCACGGAUGAGUCUGGUGUCUGGGUCGUCUACGCAACAGUGGAAAAUUUUGGCAACGUGAUCCUUAGUGAGAUAAUAGAAAGCAGUCCUCCAUCUUUGGGCCGAACAUGGCGAACAUCGCUGCACAAGCGCACCGCCACCAACACCUUCAUGGCAUGCGGCGUGCUUUAUGCCACACGCUUCCUCGACAAUGAGACGGAGGAAAUCUUCUACUCGUUCGAUACAGAGACAAGCGAGGAGCGCUACGAUCUAGCGAUCCACAUCAAGAAAAUGCGGAAAAACAUCCAGUCUCUGAAUUACAACCCACGAGACCGAAUGCUCUACGCUUACAGCGACUCCUACAUCAUUUUGUACGAUGCUGUUGUUUGCUCCUGCCGUAAUUAAAAGAAUAGCGUCUUGUACCUUUUUAUAAAUGUCUGGAAAGUGAGAUCAUUUGAAAAGGAAUAGCUCAUUUUGGUAUUGCUUACUUCUUUUACGAAAUCAUAUUUGUAUGAA